AUGGCGGAGUGCUGGCUAGAUGAGUCUCUAAUGAAGUUGACAGGAAAAUUCUACAUAUCGGCCUUGAUUUUCUUAGUUCAAGCACAGCCGGGCACAUCCCUCAAUCCGAAUGACCCCAAUGUCUGCAGUUACUGGGAAAGUUACACCGCAGCAGUGAAGGAAUCAUAUGCCCAUCCAUACAGCCUGUCUGCUCCCGACUCCUGUGACAGUAACUGGAACUACUUCAAGACUUGUACACCACAAAAGAUCAUGUACCGAACUGCAUAUCGCCAUGGUGUAAAGCUUGACUACAGAAAGCGGUAUCGAUGCUGCCAAGGAUACUAUGAAAGCAACGAUAUCUGUGUUCCACACUGCAGUGGAGAGUGCGUGCAUGGUCGCUGUGUGGCACCAAACCAAUGCCAAUGUGAGCCGGGCUGGCGAGGAAAAGACUGCUCUAGUGCUUGUGACCCCCAUCUAUGGGGACCCAGAUGUAACUAUUCCUGUCCAUGCCUAAACAAUGGGAUUUGUGAUGCCAUUUCGGGGUCGUGCAUCUGCCCCCCAGGGUAUAAGGAUCCCCUCUGUGAGAAGCCAUGUGACCCAGGCACCUAUGGAGUGAGCUGUUUAUUGGAGUGCCAGUGUAAGAAUGGAGCCAGCUGUGACCCUCAUAAUGGAACCUGUCUUUGUCCAGAAGGGUACACUGGGCCUUAUUGUGAGAUCAGAUGUUCAGAGGUUCAACCAUCCAAGUUUCAGUGCCCCGAGCACUGCCCCUGCCAGAGUGGAGGUAUCUGUGACCAGACCCCUGAUGAGUGUACGUGUCCACCAGGAUGGAAGGGUCCAGUGUGCUCCAUCCCGUGCCCACCUGGGUACUAUGGUUCUGGCUGCGAGCAUGAAUGCAACUGUCACAAUCAUGGCCAAUGUGAUCCAGAAAGUGGGCAAUGCCAGUGCGCUCUGGGCUACACAGGAGAUUGCUGUCGGGAAGAGUGUACUAUCGGAAAGUAUGGUCAGGACUGUGAAGAAACCUGUAACUGUGUGAAUGGCGUACGAUGCUACCAUAUCAAUGGAGGGUGCCUCUGUGAGGCUGGCUUCUAUGGGGAAAACUGCGAAGACCGAAUGUGUGCAGAGGGCAUAUACGGCAUACACUGCAACAUGCCCUGCCAGUGUGAUCCUCAGCACACUAAGAGUUGCCACCCAAUGUCUGGUGAAUGCACCUGUAAGACAGGCUGGGCCGGCCUCUACUGCAAUGAGACCUGUCCUCAUGGUUACUAUGGAACCAACUGCCAGGAGCCGUGUUUGUGCCUCAAUGGGGGGUCCUGUCAUAGUGAGACUGGUGCAUGUCAAUGUGCUCCCGGAUUUUCAGGAAGUCACUGCUCUGUCUACUGUCCUGACGACACCUAUGGAGAUAAAUGUUCCCAGAAAUGCAACUGCAAAAACUACCUGGCCUGUUCCCCCAUUGAUGGUACCUGUGUGUGUAAAGAAGGCUGGCAGAAAGGUGACUGUUCAGUGCCUUGUCCAAAAGGAAUGUGGGGCUUCAACUGCAACAGGACGUGUGAGUGUAUCAAUGGGGCCUCAUGCAGUCCAAUCACAGGACAAUGCUUCUGCACCUCUGGGUGGUAUGGGAAGAAAUGUGAGCUACCAUGCAAGGCAGGCAGUUUUGGACCUGGGUGUAGUCAGAGGUGUGAAUGUAAAAAUGCAGAUGGCUGUGACCCAGUGACCGGUAAAUGCAGGUGCUCACCAGGAUGGACCGGCAUCUACUGUGAGCAAACUUGCAAAGAGGAAUUUUGGGGAAGAAACUGUAACAUGUCCUGUACAUGUAAGAAUGGGGCAAUCUGCUCCGCAGAGGAUGGAUCUUGUACCUGCACUGCUGGCUUCCAGGGACCAGACUGCGAGAACAGUUGCCCUCCAGGCCGUUAUGGGAAGAAAUGCACCUUUGCCUGCAAAUGUUCCAGUCACUCCACCUGUAAUCCCAUCGAUGGCUUCUGCAAAUGCUCACCUGGAUGGAGAGGAAGCGACUGCUCUGAGCCCUGUCCUACAGGAUUUUGGGGAAAAGACUGCUCCAACAUCUGCAAUUGCAAGCAUGGAGGUCAGUGCAGUCCUCUGAAUGGGGCAUGUAACUGUUUGCCAGGAUGGACUGGAAAGAUAUGCUCUGAAGCUUGCCCAACUGGAUUUUGGGGAAAAGACUGCGUGAACACCUGUUAUUGCCAAAAUGGAGGGCAAUGUAGUCAGAUUGAUGGAACUUGUGUUUGCUCAUCGGGAUGGACUGGAAAAAUGUGUUCUGAAGUCUGCCCCCUGGGGUCAUAUGGAGAAAAUUGCGUGAACAAAUGCAGAUGCCAGAAUGGAGCAGACUGUGAUCACAUGAAUGGGAAGUGUUUUUGCCUGCCUGGAUAUAUUGGUGCUUUCUGUGACAUUAAGUGCCCACAUAAAACCUAUGGACUGAAAUGCCACCAGUCCUGUGACUGUCUCUAUAAUGCCACCUGCAACCAUGUGACGGGUCACUGCCAGUGUGAAGCAGGCUGGUCAGGUGCACGCUGUGAAAAGGCUCCCGCUAUGGAUGUCACUAUGGUGCCGAAGACUUCAAUAGCCACAGACUCCAUUGGACCCAUGAUUGGCAUUAUUGCCUUAGUAAUCUUGGUUGUGGCACUGAUCGCAUUCUUCCUAGCAUACAGACACUGGCAAAAAGACAAGGAGAGCCGUAACUUAGCGGUGGCAUAUACGUCUACCAGGCCGGCCAGUGGUGAAUAUGAAGUACCAGAUGUACCUCCUAGUCAUAUGCACUACUACUCAAACCCCAGCUACCAUACGCUAUCUCAAUGUGGCCCUGCCUUGCCACCUAUACCCAGCAGCCAAGACAGGCCCGGUUCUAAAAAGACAAACUGCAAUCCUCAUUUCUCCAAUGCAAUGAAUGCUGAGAGGGAACGGAUGAGUGGCUAUGGUCUGGAUUAUAACGCUACGCUGCCAGCUGACUGGAAACAUCAGGGGAUACCUAUGAAUCACAAAGGAAGGCAUUGCAUGGAUAGAAGUUACAGUGUUGGGGUUUACUAUAACAAAGGAAAUGAAUAUGUGAAAGAUUCCACUCUCACCAUAAGUAACAGCUCCCUGAACAGCGAGAACCCAUAUGCAACCAUUAAAGAUCUCCCCAUGCUGAUGUCUAGAACCUCAGAGGGGAAUUACAUGGAGAUGAAGUCUCCUGUGCACCGAGAAAUGUCAUAUGCAGAAAUUGGACUAUUUGACGAAGACGCCAUGUACCAGGUGGACUCACAAGAUCAAGACAGCUUUCUGAGAGGUGCCACGGCAGCUUCCACCAGUUCCCCCCGCAACAGUCUCCAAACGAACCAUUAUGACUCGCCUAAAAACAGCCACAUUCCCAGCCAUUAUGACAUGCCACCGGUCCGACAAUAUCCCCCAUCUCCAGGAGCAAAGCGGAAAACACGAUGAGGAUCGGAAGACAUUUUUCUUGACGAUCAUUGCUUCUUGCCUCUCCUGGGACAUCAAGAUUGAUGCUCAA